AUGGGCUCCCCAGGGGCCUCAGCAGGCUGGGGGCUUCUGGAUUACAAGACGGAGAAGUAUGUGAUGACCAGGAACUGGCGGGUGGGCAUCCUGCAGAGGAUGCUACAGCUCGGGGUCGUGGCCUAUGUCGUGGGGUGGGCCCUUCUCACCAAUAAAGGCUACCAGGAGCGGGACCUGGAUCCCCAGAUUUCCAUCAUCACCAAACUCAAAGGGGUUUCUGUGACUCAGAUCAAGGAGCUUGGGAACCGGCUGUGGGAUGUGGCUGACUUCGUGAAGCCACCGCAGGGAGAGAACGUGUUCUUCUUGGUGACCAAUUUCCUUGUGACGCCAGCCCAAGUUCAGGGCAGAUGCCCAGAGGGUGGCUCUCUGGGCAUCAGUGUCCACUGGGACUGUGACCUGGACGCCGGGGACUCUGACUGCUGGCCACAUUACUCCUUCCAGCUGCAGGAGAGGAGCUACAACUUCAGGACAGCCACUCACUGGUGGGAGGCCCCAGACGUGGAGGCCCGAAGUCUGCUCAAGCUCUAUGGAAUCCGCUUCGACAUCCUUGUCACCGGGCAGGCAGGGAAGUUUGGGCUCAUCCCCACGGCCAUCACACUGGGCACUGGUGCAGCAUGGCUGGGCCUGGUCACCUUCCUCUGUGACCUGCUGCUGCUGUACGUGGACAGAGAAGCCCAUUUCUAUUGGAGGAUGAAGUAUGAGGAGGCAAAGGCCCCAAAGGCAACUGCCAACUCUGUGUGGAACGGGCUGGCUUUCACACUCCCAAGCCAGGCUGCCCAGGUGCCUCAGAUGGGGUCUAGUUCCCCCGCAACAGCCGGUGCUGCUGACAGCCAGACACCGACACCAGGGUGGCCCCGUCCAGGCUCUGGCACCCACUCACCAGCCCAUUCCUGA